AUGAAUAAUAUUUAUAUUUUAAUAAUCAUUAUUAUUUUUACAUUAAAAACUUAUUCUGUUCCCCAUACUCAAAAUGAAGCAUUGGCGAAAUUAUGGGAUGUAUCAGAUAGUCAAUUACCCAAUUUAUUAGAAAAUGAAAAGAAAUUAAUUAUGGUGGAUAAAAUCGUAAAACAAUUAAUAGAAAACUAUGAAAGAGAUUUUGGAGGAACUUAUAUAGAUUUAGAAAAAAAUCUUUUAAUUAUUUACACAUUAAACUUUACUAAAGCCGAUAUUAUAAAAAACUCACCUCAAUUAAGAGAUUAUUUGAAUUUAACAAGCUUUGUACCAGCAAAUAAUUCUUUAUAUACUUUAAACAAAUCUUUUAACGAAACACGUGCGCUAGCUACAAAGUUAAUUCCAAAGUCUACAGCUCUUUUUAUAGAUAUAAAACUUAAUGAGGUUGUUAUAAUUUUAUAUCAUAAACAUUCAAAACAAAAUGAAGAGUUUGUAAAAAAAGUAAAACAAUAUAAUCUAAUUCUUGAAUAUGUUGAGGAACUAGUUCCAACAGCUCUACAAAGAAAUAUAGUUUCUACUAUUCCAAUCAUGGGUGGUGAUGGUUUAUAUAAUCCAGUUUACAAUAGUGGUUGUUCUGUGGGAUUUUGGGCAAAAAGAAAAAAUUUAUCUGAUAAUUACAUUGUAACCGCUGGACAUUGUUCUAAACCUCAUAAUCCAAUUAUUUAUCUUAGGCGGUGGAAUUCAAAAGUUGCGCAUUUCCCAAUUGGUCCAAUUAUUUUCAAUAAAUCACAACCAAUUGACGUUUCUUUAGUCAAUAUAACUGUUAAAGAUAUCGAACCAAGAUUGUCAAUAAGAAAUUCUGAUUCUGAAAUAUAUGAUCAAUUACUUAUAAAUAAAAGUUUACCACCCGUGUAUAGUCAUGGUGCUCAUUUAUGUAAAUCUGGAUAUACUACACAUGUGACAUGUGGAUAUAUAAGAGCGCUCGAUGCUUUAUAUAUAAAUCGUAAACGAAAAAUAAUGUCGCAAAUGAUCGUUACAAGUAUGACUAGUAAUCGCGGUGAUAGUGGUGGAACUGUAUUUUCUUAUGCUCCAGAUUUACGUCAUGUGAGUCUAAAUGGUAUCCACAUCGCCGGUGCAAAAGUUCUUACCAUAGUUUUGCCAAUAGAAAGAAUAAUUAAUUCGUUAAAUUUAGAACUUCCCUAA